AUGGGUCUGUGGCCGAGCGAAUCGGCAAAGUGCUCCUCAAGGAACGGUAUUUCAGGCUUCCCUAGCGGGUGGAAGUCCAGUGCCGGCUCGGAUUACAACUUCAUCGGCACCAUCGCUGACAUAGACUUCACGGUCAACCAUGACAAUGCGACCGGGCAGAUGUUGCGCAGCAGUGCUGAGUAUUGGUUCACCACUGACAUCCCUGCCCUGAGCUGCACGGUGCAUCCGGGUCGUGGCAGGGGGAGCUUGGAACUGCAGACCCAGUGGCCAAGAAUGGCCGCUUUUGUCAUGAGUUGGAAGGAGAAAGUGGAUCAGAAGGCGCCGAAGGACGAGCUUGAGGCCUUCAAAUCCACGAGCCUCUCGCUUCACUUCAGCAUUCGUGCCAAAGAUGCGGAUCCUUUGGCGGGAUUCUGGAAGCGGUAUCAAGCCGCCGAAGAUCUGGUGCAGAGUGCCAUCGAGACUGGCAAUGGCUACGCCUUGAAGCUCUGUGAUCGCUACGUGGAGUUGAAAGCUCUUCUGGUGGCGCUGGGAAAACCGGCGACGCCGGACACAAUGUUCGAAGAACUACAAGCGGCGAAAGCCAAAGACAUCGUGCGCUUCGCAAACGCCGAAACAACUGUAGGCUCCGCCGAUCAGAUUCGGAAGCUCCUGCGGCUCGUCGACGUGUGCACCCAAGCAGGCGUCUAUCCUCUUUUGAAGUCAUUGCAAAUCAUCGGCUCCGAGCGUACCUGGGUCAGUCGCUGGACCACAGUCCAGCGACUACCAGGGUUCGUUGGCCAAGUGCCGGCGCAUUGCGAGUGGUCGGUGCAAAUGAUCGCGGUGGCGAUGAGAGGCGACCACGACGAAGUGCAGCGCAACCUGCACCACGACCCCCGCUUCCUGACGCCGAACACCUUAAAGGAUGUGGUGGACUUCCUGCUGACGCUGCGAAAAUGGUUGGAAAAGCUCCACUCCGACUUUCAGCUGCCAGAUGGCCAUUCCUGCAAGGACGCAUUUGAGGUGGCAAAGAAGAGCUGCCUGAGCCUCAAGAGCUUCACUGAGCGGGAUCGAGCUUGCAAAGGAUGCCUUCCGGGCGAGCUCGUGGUCUGUGUGCAGCUCAUGGAAGACAUCAUGAUUGGGAAGCACGAUGUCGCGCUUUGGGGGGUGGUCAUGGGCCAGGCGACUGCCAGCUUCGAAACACGGAUGGGACAUGCCACCAUCCUGAAGGUGACGAAGCAAGCUGAUGACGCGUUGAAGAAAUUCUUGCAGCCACAGGCACCUGUGCCUCAGGCUGCCCCAGUGGAGGCCGCUAUGGAUGGCAGCGACCAGGAGGCAGAGCUCCCCACUGCUGCAGGGGCUGGUCGAGUUCGCGAGCGAGCACGACUGCUUCAAGAAGCUGCGUCGUCGGAAGUGGCGACCUUCGUGUCGACGCUGGUGCAUGACCACCAGGAUGCGGCGAAGCUCAACAAGGUGUUAUUGGAACACACAGCGGUCCAGAGACCUGUGGCCAAGGACACCCGGCUCCUCGUGCAUUGGGACUGGGCUAAGGAAGCCGAAGCGUCCCAGACGUUUACUCGCAGCCACAACAUAUUUGAGCGCAUACCGGGGAUGUGCCGGAACAGGGCUUUGAUCUCAUGCUUGGCCAUGCUGCUCUGUUUCGACAGUGGCAAUGCGACCUCCAACUCGGAGAUGCGGAAAGGGAAGAAAAUGUAUGAGACGGUGUCCCUGCACUUGUUGCCCAGCCAACACGACUUGAAGAAGCGAGCGAACUAUCGGCUUUCGGCCGGAGGCAACAAGCGCCGACGCACCAGUGCCGACAACAUUGGAUGCCUUUCUAAGAUUUGUGGGAUGGAGACCGCGAUGUUUUGCCACCACCCGGAGCACCCGCCAGAGGCAAAGCCGUUCCAGUAUGUCAGCGCGCCUGGGAUGGAAGAUUCCAGCAUGGGAUGGCUUCCAGUUCCUUUGCUGGACCCGGAAGACUUGGAGACGGUUCCCAUGGCCUUCAAGCAGUCGGUGUUGCGCGUGCCGUCCAAGACCUCGAAUGCUUAUGAGAAGAAUCCCCUCCCCGCAGAGCUGGACCUCACGGAAGAAGUGCCUCUGAGUCAUUUUUCAAGGGCUCCUUGCGUCUGUCGUGAGCUCCUCCAUCAAGCAUCGGCGGGUCGACUCAUCGACCUGUCCCCAAACGGCCUGGACUUUGCUUUGCAAGCGAUUCACAUGCGUAUCUUCACCAUCCUGGUGUGCCGAAAUGAUGAGCAUGCAACGGUUCUGAAGGAGAAGCUCCAGAGCAUGGUUGCUCGAAUGAUGGACGAUCCUGGCAAUGAAAGGUUCUUCGUCAGCAAUGCCACUCUCGGCAUUGAGGCGGAGGAGGAUUCGCAGCCUGAUGAAGGCAACGGCAAUGGUGCAGAUGAGAAUGAGGAGGCCGCCGCAGGGCACGAUGGCGAUGACGGCGAGAAUGCAGGAGAACGCUCGUGGCUGGCUGACGUUACAUUUUCUCUUCUGGUCGCAGAGGACCGCAGUGAAGCGACGGACCAGUGGGGCGACAAAAGAAGAGGUCCAUCGACGUUGAUGGCUGAUCUCCGGCCGGGAGGCGACCUUUUGCCGGCCGGUCACGACUCGAAGGCUGGCAUCUCUCUCAUUUGCGUGCUGGCAGCAUUUUGCCCGAUAGGUUACCGGUAUGCGUGCGGCAUGGAUAGCUUGAUAUGCUUCAUAGGCCAUGCCGGAAUUCUUUGGCGGGAGCAGUGGCUCGAGUGCGGAGGGGAGCGCAUGAAAGAUCAGAUUAUUGGCAAGGGCUUGGGGUCUGGGGACGUUCCCCAAAUCAAGGAUGUGGAGUGCCAGAGGCGGCCACGUGUAGUGGGCUCGUGUGCAGCCGUGGGCAAUGCGUGGGCGAAUUUGACUCGCGGAGAGUGCGGCCGGGCAAGCGAGCCACUUUACAGAUCUGUGACCUUCUUGAUCAUGCCACUACCCCUGGCCACUGUGCUGCUGUGCAAGCAUUGGUCUGACGAGGCGAAUUUCCCUGCGCAGCGAGCAAGUGCACAGCAACACUUUCAGAAUAUCAAGGCCAUGGCAAGCCAAGCCUUUAUAGACGACCAGGAAUUGCUCAAGAGCGUGAUCGCGAUUGGCUGGGCGGAGGAUGAUUGUCAAGGGUUCAAAAUCAUUCGUAUCAGAAUGGUCACGAAAGACCUUCAAGUUGUAACGCGACUGUUCGACUUGAGCCGUUCAGCUCACAAGAAGGCGGUCCAGAAAGUCGAGCACGCGAAGGCAGCCAUACAUCAGGUUUUUCCCGAGCCGGAGCUGGAGAAGCGCUUCUGCAACUUGGUGAAGGUGUUCACCACUGACGGUGAACCAGCCGAGCUGGCCGCAGCGGCCAUAUCGCACCCGACCAUUUUCCCGCAAUUGCGGGCAGUGUGGAGGUGCUUGUUGCACUCUGCGCAACGCUCUCAAGAGAAUGCGAUCAAGUCGUGCGACCGCGCGGCGCACCUCAUGAGCGAGCUGAUCAACAGGUUCAGUGAUUCCAGUGGUGCCGGAGGUCUUGCCCGAGCACUCCACAAUUCACCGUUGCUUCGGUCCAAGUUUCAGGCCGUCGAGGCACGCGACCUCGACGCAUUGGGGACCCUCGCGAGCCCCGGCGCCCAUGCUGCCUGGGCGGCAAGAUUGUUAGACGAGGUGUCUCAGAUCGCUUUCAUGUCGCGCGGCGUGCGGUUGCUCAAGCAGGAACUUGCGAAGCUCUUUGAGUUCAGUGGCCCGAACAGCUCCACCCCGCCCUUGGUGUUGGACUUGGAGCGCUACAGUUCUGGCUUCGUGGCCCUGCUACAGAAAGCUCUGGUGAAGCGAGACCCAACAGGCAGCUGUGCCAUCGUGGGUGACGGGGAGCUGCUCUUCCAUCGCGCAGGACUUUCCGCUCGCGAGUUCAAACAAGCAGUGGUCAAACAGCUUGGGUGCAUUCGCAAUUUGACCGACGUCUUUCUUCGAUCCAUCGCCGCGGAACACCAAGCCGGGAUCGGCGAAUGCUUUGGUGCACUGGAUAUAGAGAAGGGCGCGGCAGCCAGGCAUCAGCAAUUUCUCGUUCAAUAUGCUUGUGACCAGGGAGAAGACUCUUUCAUUUGUCUGCGGUGCGGAGGCCUGCUCUGCUUGAACCCCUCGCGAAACUACUCGGAUCUUCUGCCGCGACCUGAGUGCAUUACGCUUCAGCGGGUCAGUAAAGACGAUAAUGCCUCUGUCAAGGGCAGCGAGCUCGCCAAAGAGAUCAAUGCUGUGCGGUCGGGCAUUUCAUCUCCUCUGGAGUAUUGGGCGGAAGCCUUGAAACACUGGGGAAAACGAGUGCCAGUGCUUCGCGAGGCUGUCGUUGUGAUGCUCUGCAUGUUCGAGGGGACGGGGCUGUUGGAGCAGAACUUAUCAUCAUUCAGAGCAAUGCACCAUGACCAGAAGCGCAACACGUCCCCGGACACCCUUCGUUGCCUUCUGAAGGUGAUGGUUGAUUGUGACCCCGUGGUGACAUUCAACAUCUUGACAAAGGAGUAUAAGCUCACUGAUUUUGGGAUUCGCGCUUACAACAGGUACCGCUCCUUGUUCGGUGCAGCCAGAAAUGCGCCAGCCUCCUUGUUGCCCCGUAGGACUAUGAACCGUCGAUGUUCUUCGACGGGACUUGCAGCUUUGAAACGCCUGCAAGCGCAACAGAAGGCAGACGCCGUCCCCAAGGAGUUGCCGCUGGAGGAAGCGAAAUCCUUGAAGCGUGCCCUGGACACGUCUGCUGAGGAACAUUCCACGAAGCGGCAGAAGAAGAUGGUGGUUGCUUUGGCAGAGCGAGUGACCGCCAAAUUGGCCUUGGUUUCGCCGGCCACUUUUGCGAAGGAUGCACGUGAGCGCUUACAGAAGCUGCAGCUUCAGGAUGAAGAGGAGUUCAAGAAAUUGGACGGCAUGCAGUUGCGGGAGCUGAAAACGGCUGAGAUUCUUGGGGAUGCACAGAAUGGCCUGGCCGUUUGCAUUAUCAGCAAGAAUGAGAUUCCCAAUGCAGACAAGAUCGUCAAAGACAAGGCAAAGGCGUUGUCUCAGCUUUGUGGGCUGCGUGUUUGUCAUUUGACAAGCAGCAGUCUAGUGGCAAGGUGUUUGCGGGCAAAGUUUGUUAUUUUUCUUGCAACCUCGAAGGAGGCAGAGGCAGGCUUGAUUUAUCAUGGCAGUGAAAGUCAUCAAGGUCUCGAUCUCGGGGCUUGCGUCAGCCGGCUGGUGGGAGGAUUCGUAGCGGGGCCGGCUUGGAUGGCAGAGUGCCUUCGUCGUGGACAGCUUUUGACUCCCUUGCUUCGUUUGAGCCCGGCUGCAAAAAUUCAAAGGCAGGGGUGGGAUUCUGUGACAGUUUGCCACAACAAGUUGCAAUUCUCAAGCUACUUUCUGCUAUUGAGAGCGAUGAACUGGGAUUUCGGCACUGGAUCAUUCGAUCCAGCAGAGAAGCGCUGA